ACUUACGUAGAAAUGUAUGAUAUAUUGACAGGAAUUGAUUCCCAGUUCGGCACUCUUGAGGGAGCGGUCACUUCGAUAGUGGAUAUGAAACUAUUUCCAAACCUAAGAAAGGAGAUCCUCACAGGUGCCAUAUGUUUGCAAAAGGGCCGAAAACUUGCGUCUAAAUCGCUACUUUAUGAGUUAAUGACCGGUCGGAGAACAUCAAAGGAGUGCAAAAUCGGUUCGACGACACUUUUAGACAACUAUCACAUCAAACUGGGAAUCGUUUUCCAUGCAACGAACGACCACAAAGACUGGCCGCCGUGGGCUAUAGCACUCAUAUUUGCAUUAAUUCUGAUGUCUGUGCUGUGGAUCCCGGGAGUGGCGCUCUUAAGACUCGUUGGCGUACAUGUGUUGGCAGAUGAGGAGCCGUCUUGGUUUCCGGCCGAAGAACUCCGACAAUAUCAUCGAAUAGUUCCCCGAAAAGUGACUUCAUUUGAGAGA